UAAAUCGUCCGCUCCUUUUCACGUAUGAUGCGAGUGCCCUUGGUUACCUAGUAACUCUCUCUUUCUCCGUCUCCGGUUGGCGCUCCCGCACAACGUUCCGCUCGGGAAUGCGCGGCGCGAUCCCGCGGUGCUCGCGCUGAGCCUGAGAAGAGUCAAGGCGAAAGCGUCAAAACGCACCAGGACUUGAAGGGGAGCUUCCCGCUGGAGUAAAAACAACAACGAAAUAAUAAUAAUAAUUAAAAAAAAUAUAUAAAACUAAGAACAUUGCCUUAAUGGCGUGGGAAUCCGUUAGCGUGAGAGCAGAGAGAGGACAAUGAUCGCUUCGCAGGAAGGUUAUUCCCUAAAAACAUAAGCUUUGUGCAGAAUACAAGGAUAUUUGGAGUACACUGACUACAACUGCAAGUGAAGAUCCCGAGACGGUCAAACAUAGUCCCGGUUUUUUCUUCUUUCUCUUUUUUUUUUUUGAAUUCUAAGAAAGACAUGGGGAGAUUUUCACCUCGGCAAAGCAGCGCCGGCUGGAAGAUCUGACGAGCGCACUGGGAGGCGAGUGAGUGAGGACCUGCAUAUCUGCGGCUGUUUCUCAUCAUUUCUAAGCUGGUGGGCUUCUAUAUCACAGCUGAUGACUGUCCCUCCGGAGGCUGGAUUACAGGGGUUAGCGGCAAGCCUGAGUGUUUGCUGAAGGGCGUGCCCCGGCUUGUAUGUUGGUCACCUACGCUCGCUCUCGCUCACAGGGAUCAUGUGGCUUUGUCCGAGGAGAAAUCGUUUCCCCUUGCAGAACUGGCGCGGCGUCCACAGUUGCACCAAUUUCAGCGUGUCCUUGUGGGUUUUAAGCUUCUGCUGGUGCUUCGCGGCCCUGCGAGGUCAGAACUACCACCCCACCGUGAACACGCAGUACGGGAAGCUCCGCGGGGUGAGGGUGCCCCUACCGAGUGAGAUCCUGGGGCCCGUCGACCAGUACCUGGGGGUCCCCUACGCGGCUCCGCCCGUGGGAGAGAAGCGCUUCAUGCCCCCAGAGCCGCCUUCUUCCUGGUCGGGGAUCAAAAACGCCACCCACUUCGCCCCCGUCUGCCCCCAGAAUAUUCACAAUGCAGUGCCAGAGAUCAUGAUGCCAAUAUGGUUCACCUUUAACCUGGAUAUAGUUACCACGUACAUACAGGAUCAGCACGAAGACUGUCUUUACCUAAACAUCUAUGUUCCAACGGAGGAUGUCAAAAGAAUAUCCAAGGAAUGUGCGAGGAAACCCAACAAGAAAAUAUGUAGAAAAGGAGGGGCCCAUGCAAAAAAACAGGGCGAAGAUUUGUCGGAAAACGACGGUGACGAAGACGAAGACAUACGAGAUACCGGGGCCAAGCCUGUGAUGGUCUACAUCCACGGAGGAUCCUACAUGGAGGGGACUGGCAACAUGAUUGAUGGGAGCGUCCUGGCCAGCUACGGAAACGUCAUCGUUAUCACUCUCAACUAUCGGGUUGGAGUCCUCGGUAAGCAUACUUUCUAAUGUUUUUUUUUUUUU